CGCGUCGUCUCUGGUCGAGCUCGCAGGAAUUAUUUGUUUGUCCUCUCGAGCCGAUCUCUCCGACAAGUUUGCGUGAAACAUUAGCUCAAUAAGUAAACGUGUUGAACAUUCGUGCAUCGAGCACCCUGUGCGGUGCUCCGCCUUUUGUAACGUGAUAUGCCAUGACGAGGAGGUCUAACCUAGAGCGACGCUAAGUAACGUAUUAUUGUACGCAAACGAUAUAUAAUCCCACCAACAUAACGAUAUUACUGUGUCCGAUUGCCCACCAAAUCUUAUUAAACGAUGAGCGAUGCGUAUCAAGGGCCUGCUACUGUUGCUGAUCUGCAUAGCAGGGAGCAGCAUUGUCUUCGUCGCCUUCAGCAAUCAGCGACCUUCCAUACAGACUCUGGUGACAGAGACACACAAACAGCUACGGAGCUUCCAGGAAAAUUUAAAAGACGUUGAGGAGAAACGUCUCGUGACGGAUUCCAAAUAUCUUGCGCUGCUUGGUCUGGAUGGGCAGGCAAGCACCACGCCGGCCAGUCUUAAACCUCAGAAUGUGACGGUGGUGUCGCUCAUCAGGCCUGGAAAUGAGCAAUACGUUUAUGGCUUCGUUAGAAAUGUCAGCCAUUUUUUGCCAAAUAAUAGUAUUGUGAUUUAUAGUGUCGGUUUAAACGAGGAUUCUUUACAAAAUGUUAGACUCGCUUGUAACUCUACCAGAUGUAAUGUGAUUCACUUUGAUCUAAGCCCGUUCCCUGCUCACGUCGAAGACGACACGCUGCAUGUUUAUAGACCCUUAGUUAUUCAAACAGCUUUAAAUACGCUAGGUAGUAUAAUCUAUAUGGACUUGAACGUGCGUCUGAACUCGUCAGACAUCUCGAAAUAUCUCUGUCCAAAAUCCGGGAUCCUGACUUGGCCUACGAGGCAUGCCAUCAGCUCUCUGACGCAUCCAAAGAUGUACGAGUAUUUUCAUGCCUCCGCCGAGAGUUUCUUCUUUCUCCCACUGAUUAGAGCGUCACACUUGGUAAUUAGCAAUUUUAAGGAUAUUAGAGAGAGUGUAAUGCUGCCUUGGGUCCAGUGCGCAUUGACGAGGGACUGUAUCUCUCCCAUUGGUGCGCAAUCAGCGGGCUGUAGGUUCAAUAAGAAACCGCAGUAUCGGUAUUCCGGCUGUCACGCGUACGACACUUCCGCGUUAAAUAUAGUGCUGGGGUUGCAUUUCAAUUUCGACGAUACGCACUAUGUGCACAAGGAACGGGAGACUUACUUCAAUAAGAUUCAGCCAGAAGAAAUCACCGAGGAGUACCUCAUGAUUACGCGGCAGAACAACGCCACCGAGACCAAUGCCAGGAGCUUAAUAUCGGAGCGUUGAACCUCUUUCGAUCUCAAUUUACGUUAGGUGAUAUGUCGAAUAAGCACAACUUAAAUUAAGAUUGUUAAGCAUUGAAUUAAAUUAUAAUAAACUGCAGAAUGAAAAAAA